CUGCAGCCCUAUCAAAUUAGAGCCUACCUUCAGUGUUAUAUUGUUAUUAAGAGCAAGGCCGCUCAUUUUCUCUCUCUACUGGUUCCCAUCUUCCUCUUCUCUAUGCCAUUUUCUCUCUCUAAAUUAUUGUAAUCUACACAUAUAAUCCUACUUCAAGUUCUCUUCUUUAGAGAUUUUUUGACAAAGGCUAGCAAAGAAUAUGUGGAGAAGACUGCCCAUUCUCUCUCUCAACAGAUUCCUAUCCACCUGUUCUGAAACCCCAUCUCUGCAUUCCUUUCUCCAACCUACCAUUUUUGCCCUAAACAAACCCAAUCCACUUUCAGAGCCAUCCACCAAAAAACCAGCAGAACCCAAUUUAGAGCCACCCCUUAUGAAAACCACCAUUGAAGAUAACCUUCAGAAAGCUAUACUUUCUCACUCUACAGAUGAAGCAUGGAGGGCCUUCAAACUCCUAUGCAACAACUCCAUUUUUCCAGGUAAGCAUCUCACUAACUCUCUCAUCUCUCAUUUAUCCUCUCUCAAAGAUACCCAAAAUCUCAAAAGAGCUUUUUCAAUCGUAAUUCUCUUAUUAGAGAAAGACCCACAACUCAUUAGCCUUGAUUCCAUUCAAAUAUUGCUUGAAGCCAUUAAACUUGCCGAUUUGACUGCCCCAUGUUUGGCUCUGAUGAAAGCCAUGUUGAGAAACAAGUUUUACCCGCCGUUUGAUGUUUGGGGCCCUGUAUCUAUAGAGCUUUGCUGUAAAAAUAGUAGCUUUCCUGAGUUUUUGAAAUUUUUUAAUGAGAUAUGUAGUACUGUUGCUAUGGAUGAAUCUUUGAACUUUAUGAAGCCGGACUUGCCUACUUUCAAUGCUGCUUUGGAGGCUUGUUGCAGAUUUGGGCUUGUAACUGAAGCUGAGAAUGUAUUUGAAAGAAUUUCAGAUAUGGGUCUCAAGCCAAAUUCAAUUAGCUUUUCUAUAAUGGCACGUAUUUAUUCAAAAAAGGGUCUUAAGGAGAAGAUCCUUGAAUUACAGAAACAAAUGCAUCAACUUAAUUUAGAGCAUGAUGCCAAAUUUUACAGUGGCUUGAUUAUCGGUUAUAUUAGUUCAGGUGAUUUGAAGUCUGCCUCUUUGUUUGUACUGCAAAUGCUAAGAGAAGGAUCAGAGAGAAGCUCUGAACAAGUUUCACAAUUGGGUGUUCUAGAUGAAGGAACUUACAAGGCAAUUUCGGAGGGUUUUUUGGGUCAGGGUAAAAUCAAGGAAUUAGCUAAGUUGAUUAUGGAUUGUCUGGAGAUUGAGUCAAAGUUAGCUGUUACUGCAAAAUCAUUUGGGUCUGGUGUUAUAGAUGCCUCUAUUGGGCUUGGAUUUGUUGAUAAAGCUCAUAGCGUUCUUGAUGAGAUGAAUGCUCAAGGAGCUUCAGUUGGUAUUGAGAUUUAUACUUUGAUAUUGAAGGCUUAUUGUAAAGACCAUCGGACAACUGAAGCCACCCAGUUGGUUUCUGAGAUUGGGUCUUUAGGGCUUCGGCUUGACGCAGAGAGCUAUGAAACUUUGAUAGAUAUUGCCAUGACAAAUCAAGACUUCCAAUCUGCUUUCUCACUGUUUAGAGAUAUGAGAGAGGCGAGAAUACCGACUUUGAAGAUGAGCUACUUAACUAUUAUGGCUGGUUUAACUGAGAACCAUAGACCUGAAUUGAUGGCUGCUUUUUUGGAUGAGGUGGUCUCAGAUCCAAGGGUUGAAGUGGGUACCCAUGAUUGGAAUUCGGUGAUCCAUUCUUACUGUAAACUCGGGCGCUUAGAGGAUGCUAGGCGCACUUUUAGGAGGAUGGUUUUUCUUCAUUUUGAACCCAAUGAACAAACCUUCCUCUCUCUAGCCCAUGGAUAUUGUGCAGCCGAGAAGUUCUUUAGUGUCUUGCUUCUAUGGACAGAGAUGAGAAAAAGGAUGAUGGUAAAUGCUGGUAAGGAAAAUCCAAGUAUUAAAUUUAACCAUAACUUGGUGGACGCGUUCCUGUAUGGUUUGAUUAAGGGUGGGUUCUUUGAUGCAGCCAUGCAAGUUGUGGAGAAAACUCAGGAGUUAAAGAUCUUUGUAGAUAAAUGGAGGUACAAGCAAGUAUUUAUGGAGACCCAUAAGAAACUCAAGUUACAAAGGUUGAGAAAAAAGAAUUACAGAAAAGUGGAAGCUAUUCUUGCAUUUAAAAACUGGGUUGGGUUGAUUACAUGAGAAAGUGUUGACAUCCAAUGAUGGAGGCAUCAGUUGUUAAGAUUUUUUGAGAUAAUUCAACAUCUACAUUUGAUAUGCGCCCGUGGUUUAAAUUGCCUAUCAAACUAUCAUAUUUGGGGUAGGCCUCUUUCUUUAAAUAUCACAUUUUGUGGACUCUUCAAAUGCAUCUUUAAAUGGAAAGCUGCCAUUUAUGAGUUCUCUGCUUCCUUGAACCUUUUGAUGGUUCUUACCUCUGAAAAUUAGGUAGGGUAGAUUACCUGAGAAAACUAUGGUAUUUGAGGAUUGAGGCAUGAGUUGUUGGGGUAAUAAUUCAAGAAAUGCAUCAACAUUUGUCAUGUGUUCUGCGAUUUAAAAUUGGGUUGGUUCUAAAAAUUGGAUUGAUUUUAAAAUUGGCUUGUGAUUCACACAUCAUAACUCGCCAAAUGCUUGUUUUAAUGGAAAGCUGCCAUUUCGCAGGUUCCUCUUCCUCUUUGGAUGACCAGAAUCGUUUGUGUAAUCUCAUAGCCAUUACUUUGCCAAUAGGAUUCAUCCCAUCAUCAGCAGGAACUGUGUAUAUAAUGUGAAUUGACUGCUGUGACAAAACCCGAGGCAAGUUAAUGAAGACUAAAUAUUGCCUCUUGGUUAUUUUUACCUGUUAGAUCUAUUUUUCGAGGAAGGUAUGCAACUGAAAGAUUGGACUUUGUACAGAACUUCAUUACAGCUGGAAACUUAUGCUAUUCAGAUUUUUCAACGAUAGAAGAGCUCAGCCUUGACAUGGUUAAACACCAGUGAGGUUUACAUUGAAUUCACCUGUCGUCCCUUUCCACACUGAGAUUUUGGGAUACGGUAGGUAUGCCCACCUCACCAAGAGCCACAAAAUGUGUCUCCCUUAAAAGGCUGCCUUGUCAGUACUUAUACGGGGCAUGAAUCCCUGGUGGCAGAAAAAAUCAUCAGCACUGAUCAUUAUUGGGGCCAAAACUAGAGGACAGAUUACUAUGAUUCUUCACGGAGUAGUCACUUAGGUUCUAGCUUACUGAUAGACAUCCUGUUUUCUGUGAGGGAGGUCAAGGACAAGCUGGCUUAGUCUUGUGUUCAGGCAAAAGAAAUUCUAACUGGAGCAAACUAAAUCCUUCAGGCAUUCUUCACCUCCUGAAGGGGCGGCCACCUAGCCAAGUGAAAUAUGAGGGAUAUAGUUCAAUUGUGAUAGUGCAGUUUCUCGCCUUCAUGGGAAAAGUUUAACAAGAAAUCCUUUGUUCUACAACAGGUUGAUUCCUCUCUUUCUUAGUCGAAAGACCAGUAAGAAAGGUCUAUGGCCCUAGAUUGUCGAUACAAACUCAUGAAAACCUUGUUUUGGAGGGCUCACAAGAAAGGGAGGAAACAAUGGUCUUGAUGAAAUGGUGACAAAUUCCAGGGAGGUUGAGGGUUGUGCAUGUUUCAGAGUUAGAAAGUUCAAAUGGAUCAUCAAACUACAACUCUGGAAGAGUGAAAUUGAGCUAUUUUUAGGGAUUUUACGGAGCAGCUUGUUAAGGUACUAGUGGGAUAUUGGAAUUGGGCAAAAAAGGUGAGGUGAUUAACCUUUCAUCUUAUUUUAUUAGUAAAUACCAGUGUUUGAAAAAUUGAUUUGGAAAAAGAGAUUCAAAUCAAUAGUCAUGAUAUCUGAUUAAUUCUUUCUUGGUAUCCAAGUAACCCUAGGUCCAAAAUAACCGGAAUUGCCUGAGCCUCCCAUUUUUUAUGGAGAUCAAAUUUUUUAUACGAAAAAUUGCUUGGUCUGAUUUGGACUUGCCUGAUACCUGGAAAGUAGGAGCUUGUGUACGAUUUUUUAAACAUUGGCCAACACUUAUUUAUUCCAAUGAAAUUUGAAGAGAAUUGGCAUCUUGGUACUCAGUCCAGACUUACGAAUAGCUGCGAGUGGGCUAGGCCUAGGUUGACCCAGGCCCAUUCUCUAACCCAAGGACACCUUGGAACAAGCCUAUCAUGGGCUGAAUUGCCUAUGCUCGAAUCUAACCUAUCGGCCAUGAGUUCAAACCCGGGCCAAAAAAUCCAUUUGUUUGAUGCAGUGUUCGCAAACUCGGUCGGUCCAACUCGAAACCAGCUAGUCAAACUGGAACUGGGCACUGGCCGAUCCAGUUUUUGGCGGUCCGACCCGAUAUAUAUAUGGUGCAAUUGGCAUACGGAUGCAUCCGUAGCUGUAGACGUAAGGUGCACCUUCAAAUUUUA